AUGUCUUUAGUUGAACCGGGUAAACAUUUUAUUAACUUAACUGAUGAUUCUCAUUAUUCAAAGUGUCCAAGAGUACAAGAUCCAAAAGAUGAAGAUGAUUGUGUUACAAAUGUUGACCUGAAUUACAGUCAUUAUGAACAAACGAUUGAAUAUGAUAAAGAAUGUAUAAAUGAAAACAGUGAAUGCGAUAGUACCAUUAAUGAAAAUGAAAAAAUAGUGCUUAGCCAUAAGAAUGUGAAUAAAGGCAAAGAGAAAAUGACACAAUCUGUAACGCAUAAUACUAGAAGUCAAACUGGAAGGUUUAAAAACUUAUAUGAAGAAUAA